UCAUCCCCAUCUCAGCCGUCCAUCCAAUCCGACAGCCCGUCCCAAAGUCAAAAACAAGAACUCCCCCUUUCCCCUCACCUCUGUUCGAACUCCGAAGCUCACAUUUUCAAAUUCCUCAGCGAUCUCUGUGGCUUCCGGACGAUGGAACAGCACACGGAGAGACGUUCGUGAUUCCCUUAUGGCGAUUUCGGUUUGUCUCUUCGACUCAUCGUCCCCGGUUUUGUUUCGCUAGCUAGCUCAACCAUUGCUCGUGGAGACGACGAAAGCAGCUGAAGAUUCGGGGAUUCGUUAGACCGUUAGGGAUUCUCUUCUUCAAUUCUUCUUCCAGGAUGCUGAGGGAUUUGAAGUUCUUGCGCCGGAAUUCGGGCAAGAACGAGGAAAUCGAGAACAUACCCGUCAGCUCUAGAGCAUCCUCCUUGGCUCAACCUAGCCUGGACUCAUCUCGAGCUCCUUUGAAUGCGAUUCAGGAACCGGUUGUGACCAGCAGGCCGGAGCCGGAAAGCGGCGCCAAGAGCAAAGCUGAUAGGACCCCGGUGAAGCCAAAGGGGCCUGCAUUGCCUGCUCGGACGCCUGAGAAGUACAGUCUGGGUGUUUCAGCUCGGCACCGUUUUGGUUGGGCGAAAAAUGAGCCAAGUGAGACGGGCGAGGAUGCGAAGGGUGACCUAAGCAAUUAUUCUGUCUCAAGCCGAGGAGUCGCCGGGACACUCACAACUCCAAAGAUAAAUAGGACAGUGGGAAGAGCUUAUUCUAACUACUCAGAGACUAAUUCAACGCAAAGCACACCAAAUAAGAGCGUGAGUAAGCCUCCUCCAAGUGCCAUCUUCAAGAGUAAGAUCGACGGGAAUGGAGGUGGGAGGUGGGGGAACUUCUCUGCAUUGUAUAGAGGAUGUCCGAGCUCUAAUGGCCCUUCUACAAUUGUUAAUACAGUCGAAGUGCCUCACUUUGAUCUUAAGGAGGACCCAUCAUUUUGGAUGGACCACAAUGUACAGGUUCUUAUUCGUGUCCGUCCCCUCAAUAGCAUGGAACGAAGCAUGCAUGGUUACAAUAGGUGUUUGAAGCAAGAAAGUGCUCAGAGCAUCACAUGGAUUGGGCAACCCGAGACCCGAUUCACCUUCGAUCAUGUAGCCUGCGAAACUGUUGAUCAGGAAACUCUUUUUAGAAUGGUUGGUCUCCCAAUGGUGGAGAACUGCUUGUCUGGAUACAACAGCUGCAUGUUUGCUUAUGGCCAGACUGGAAGCGGAAAGACAUUUACCAUGCUUGGUGAGAUUGAAGACCUAGAAUUCAAGCCUAGCCCCAACCGUGGAAUGACGCCGCGCAUUUUCGAAUUCUUGUUUGCUCGUAUUCAAGCUGAAGAAGACAGUCGGAGCGAUGAGAAGUUGAAGUAUAAUUGCAAGUGCUCUUUCUUAGAAAUAUAUAACGAACAAGUUACGGAUCUCCUCGAUCCGUCAUCCACAAAUUUGCUUCUGCGGGAGGAUGUGAAGAAAGGUGUCUAUGUGGAAAACCUCUCUGAGUUUGAAGUGCAAACUGUUGGGGAUAUUGUGAGGCUCCUUAUUCAGGGUUCUUCAAACAGAAGAGUAGCAGCCACAAACAUGAACAGAGAAAGUAGUCGUUCCCACAGUGUGUUCACCUGUGUAAUUGAGAGCAGAUGGGAAAAGGAUUCCACGACAAACCUGCGAUUUGCUAGACUGAAUCUAGUCGAUCUUGCUGGAUCUGAGAGGCAAAAAACUUCCGGUGCUGAAGGAGAUCGGUUGAAAGAAGCUGCAAAUAUCAACAAAUCUCUCUCAACUCUAGGUCAUGUCAUAAUGGUUCUAGUGGACGUUGCAAAUGGGAAACCUAAACAUGUUCCAUACAGAGAUUCAAGGCUAACCUUUCUGCUCCAGGAUUCUCUUGGUGGAAACUCGAAAACUGUAAUUGUUGCUAAUGUCAGCCCUUCUAUAUGUGCCGCUGCUGAGACCUUAAACACUUUGAAGUUUGCUCAGAGAGCUAAGCUUAUUCAGAAUAAUGCUGUGGUGAAUGAGGACUCAACAGGUGAUGUAAUUGCUUUGCAACGGCAGAUUCGCCUGCUUCAGGAGGAGCUUGCAGCCCUUAAACGACAAAAUGUCUCCAGAUCUCUGUCAUUUGGUUCAAUAAGCAUUGAUGAUGAUAUGGAAUUAGAGGAAGAAGUUCCAUUGGAAAACAAAGGUGAAGAGGGUUCACAAAGGGCAGAGGAAUUGCUUGGAUUUGAAUCCAAAGGCGUUGUCAGAAUGUCUACUAAACAGUUAAAGUCUUUGGAGACAACACUUGCUGGUGCCUUGAGAAGGGAGCAAAUGGCAGAUAUGUCGAUUAAGCAACUGGAAGCUGAAAUUGAGCAGCUGAACCGUUUGGUCCACCAAAGAGAGGAAGACACCAGGUGUACCAAAAUGAUGCUCAAGUUCAGGGAAGACAAGAUUCAAAGAAUGGAGUCACUUACGGCUGGCUCGAUAAAUUCUGAAUCUUAUCUGCGUGAAGAAAACAAAGCACUUGCUGAAGAGAUUCAGUUGCUCCAGGCUAAAGUUGAUAAGAACCCUGAAGUAACUCGCUUUGCCCUGGAGAACAUUAGACUUUUAGACCAAUUAAGAAGAUUUCAAGAAUUCUAUGAGGAAGGAGAGAGAGAUAUACUACUGCAAGAAGUGUCUAAACUGAGGGAUCAGUUACUUCAAUUCAUUGAUGCGAAUCCAGAACAGCAUAUUUAUCUGAGUUUGCAGCCUCAGGAAGCUGUGCAUCUGAGCAAGGAAAAUGGUUCUCUUCACUCAGAGUUGAAAAACACUCAAAAUGAAUUGGAGGAGUGCAGGAAUAACCUUACAUCUUGCUUACAGGAAAAUGCUAAGCUCAGUAGAGAAAUACAGGAUCUACGUUCUAUGUUUGACAAACUGAAUGCUCAGGAAAAUGGUCUAGCUGGCAAUUUUAAAUCAACAAAGGAUUUCCCGGAAGAAAUUGUUGAGUUACAGUUGGAGUUGGACAUACUGAAGAUUUUACUGCAAGAGGAGAGAGUAUCCCGGGUUGAGUCAGAGGAAAGAGCGAUCUGCUUGAGCAGAGAUCUUGAGAUGAUGACAGAAAAGCUUUCAUCAACAACAAAACUAUUUGAAGAAGUGAAUUCCGAACUGCACGAGGCGAAAUCUGUUAUUCAAGCUCUCGAGUCAGAACAAGUACUUUCAAUCAACGAGUUGGAAGACUUGAAGAACAGCAACAAUCAAUAUACCAAGCUUCUCAGCCUGAAGGAGGUUGAAAUUGCUGCGUUAAAGAAGCAGAUUUCUAGUAGUGUGAUAUUAAGGGAUCAACCACCCAAUGAGAAAGUGCAGAGUGAUGAAUCUCCACUGCGGUUUAGGCUUAACAGGAUGCAUCAGUCUCUUGAGAAGGCCAAGCAGCUGAACUUGUGGUACCAGAGUGAUCUAGCAUUUCAAGCUUCUAAUGAGGAGGAAAUGGACCAAGUCCGCGGACAGGUUGAGGCUGAGACUGCUGAGGUUAUUGUCUGUAUGCAGGAGGAGCUUGCGCUUCUUCAGCAGCAAAUCCGUGAUAGUGAGCUCAAAGAGAUCGAGACCGAGAAGAAAACAAUCUUCUUGGAGAAUGAAAACAGACAUCUGAGUGAAUUGCUUGAGGAGAAAGAAAUGGAACUGCAGAAUUUAUCAGAGGAAUGGAAGCUUUUGACAACUGAGAUUGAGGAAGUACUAGGUGAUGGGCAUGAAUCACUUGUAGUUGCCUCCGACGAGCUUGACAAUAUAAACAGUUCCUUCCCCCAGAGAAGGUUUUUGAUUUCUGAACACUUAGACCAGAUGGUCAGAGCCAUCUCAGAAAAGGAAGUUGUGAUUGAAGAACUGAGCAGUUGCUUGGAGGAAGCAAACAGUAAGAGAAACAAUUUGGAAUCGAUGUUGAAGUCUCUGAGAGGGGCAGCGCUAGUAAUCACCGAAGCACACCAGCAGGAGUGCAGAGAAAAAGAGAAGGAGAUUCGCUUGCUCAGUUCCCAAUUGAAUGGUAAGUCAUAUGAAGUUCAAAGGCUCAAAGAGAGACUGAAAUUGGCUAAAGAUAACAUGAGAAACGCAUCGACAUGUGCAACUGCAGCUUUUGUAGUUGUGAGUAGACUAUCGGAGGUAAAUUUCAAUCACCUUAGUGAGUUGAAGCAGAAGGAUUCCGAACUGAGGGAGUCGGUCGAAAUGGUCAUGAAGAAGGAUCUUCUUCUAGAUGAACAGGCUUUUAAAAUUGAAGAAUUAGAGAAGCAGAUCGAGUCUCUGAGACAGGCACUUUCAGGGGAGAAGCAGCAUGUGAAUGCAAUGAAACAGAGGCUUGAAGAUGUGGAGGAGGGCAACAUUUUGCAGGCGAGACACAUGUUGGAAAAGCUAAAUAGUGGUACAUGCACCCUGAGGUCUAGCAUGAGCACUUUACUCGAUGAUGAAAAACAUCCUGAAAGGACAAAUGAUAAGAAAACAGACACAUUCUUCCAUCUUGGGGAGGAAAGAGAGAUAGAAACUGAAAAUUGCCAGGAGAAGAGCACAGACUUGGGACUAGUUGAGGGCCCAAAGGCUGAAGAUUGCGAUCUUCCUUGCAAGGAGGGACAGCUUGGAGAUUGGUAUCAGUGUGAAGGAAAUUCUGAUUUUGGAGGAAGUUACCAUGGAGAAUACGGCAGAGAUGCCACCAUUUUGAUGCUGAAAAGAGAAGUAGGGUCUGCGCUUGAAAGUCUGAAGCAUAUGCAAGUUGAAAUGGCCAAACUGCAGAUCGAAAAAGAAGAGAGACAGUUGUCUGAGAAGCAAGAAAGGGAGAAUAUGAAUCAUCUGGCUGGUCAAGUGCUCAGUUUACAGGAAGUGAUGAAUAGAUUUGAAGAUGAAUCAAAACUCAAGAUAGAAACUUUUUACAGUAAGGUUCAGACUUUUGAACUAAUGAUGUUGGACGUCGGCAAUGACUGGUGCAUGGUAAAAGAGUUGCUCGAACAGGAGGUUGGUGAUGCUGAGAUGGCUGCAGCUGAGAAAUCUGCAGAGGCUUCUUUCGACCUUGCUAAAUUUACAGAGGCGCAAGACACUCUGAAAGAGGCAGAUGUUCUGAUCAAUGGACUUACCAUAGCAAACGAAACGAUGAAGCUCGAGGUUGAGAGGCUCAAGAGAAGUGAAACAUCACUCUUUAAAGAGAGGGAUGCACUAACUGAAGAAAUACAUAACUUGCAAUCCAUCAACGGUAAGAGAGAUCAGCAGCUUGCAAGCCUUGAAGAGCAAAUUGGCUUGCACUUGAUGGAGACAGGGAAUCUGUUUGCAGAGGUGGAGGGAAUUGUCGCAGAACUUGCGAAAACUUGCGAGGAGAAGUUUGUACUGCUAGCAGACGAAUUUUGCCCUGUGAAGUCCAGUGUUUUUGACUCGGUGAAGUUAGUGAAAUCAUGGCUUGAGGAGAUCUGGUCUGAAAUUAUUGUCCGAGACUGUGCCUUGUCAAGUCUUCAUCUUUGCCACAUGGGGAUUCUAUUGGAAACAGUGACCGGGCUGAAUGCAGAGAACGGGUUACUUCAGCAUGGUCUAUGCCAGACAGAUUCUCUCCUUUCAGAUCUGAGGGAGCAAAAUUCUCGGUCGAGGAGAGAGCUUGAAACAUGUAGAUUUCUAGAAGGAAAACUACUGGCUGAUAUCAAGAAUGGGUUUGACCGUAUCUCUAGGAAGGAGAAGGAAGCUGUGGAUUUGAGUUGUAGGAUCAAUGGUUUUGAGAGAAAGAUACUGGAAUUACAGCUUCAGGAGGAGAUGAUGUUGCAGCGGUCUGAUUCCAUUGGAUCGCAGCUGGCAGUUCUGAUGAAGGAGCUGGACUUGAGCAACUUAAGUGCUGCAAAGCUGCUGAAGGAGGAAGAGGAGCUCCUGAAUUCUGAGUUCGAAAAGUUCGAGUUACAAUUGUGCUCAAAGGAGUUUGAGUCGGUUAUCUUGACAAGGGAGAUGGAAGAAAUGGCUUUCCAAAAAGCCAAGUUAGUUGACAAUCUUGAGAAAUUAUCUAGGGAAAUGAUUCUUUCAGGAAUUGAUGCUGAGUUGGAAGAACUGUUACUGAUGGAGCAUGAUUCGGAUAAUUCUACUAUGCAGAGAGCACUAGAAGAAACUGAAAAGGAGAUGGCGGAAAUGAAAAAUGAAACCAGCGUAGUGCUUCGAGAUCUGGCAGAGAAGAGAUCGGAGUGUGAAUCAUCUCUAACCUCAUUAGAGAGGUUAAAUCGAGAAACUCUCCAGUUGAAAGACAAGAUUGUUUUUCUGGAGACUAACAUUUCUGGACUUAGCUCAGAUUUGGAGGUGAAAAAUGCUGAGUUAAAGGAAUUAAGGGACUCGCAGUCUCUCCUGACAGAGGAGUUGAGUCAGAAAACCCGGAAGUUGGAGGCUAAUGAAGAAUUUAAGCAAGAAUUUCUCUUCCAGUCAAACUUGAAUACCAGAAAUUGCACUCAAUUGGUGAAGAACAUCAAUGCAUCUCAUAGCAUUUUGUUUGAUUUACUGGAGAGAAGAAGCUUCACUCUUGCAGACAAAAUGUUUCAGCAGAUAUGUGAAGACAGGGAACUAGGUACCAAGUUCAUGGGAGAGUUUAUGUCCUUGGACAGCCAUAUUGAAGAACUGAUGUCUGAAAACUCGGCCCUUAGAGCUGAACUGUCAAGGAAGGACUCCAUUCUAGAAGGAUUAUCGUUUGAUCUUAGAUUGUUGCAAGAGUCCACUUCUAUUUGCCAGGACCAGAAGGAUGAGAUGGAGAAGAUGGUGGCUUCUGUGGAGGCUUUAGAAGAUGAACUUGCGAUGAAGUCUGAUGAGCUUGAUGCAGUUGAGGCUCAUGCUGAAAUGCUCAAGGCUCAGGUGCUGGAGAAAUCAGAUACAAUCGCUUUACUUGAAUUGGACCUCGUGAAAGAACGUGAGUCUGUGAGAUAUCUCUCUGAGGAGAAUGUAGGGCUGAAAGCUUCUAUUGAAGAGGCUUUGGCAGCGAAAAUCUCAUCUGAGGAGGAGUUGGCUGAACGAAGAAAAUUGAAUGAGAGUUUGGAGAUGGAGGUAUCAGAUGUGACUGAUACUGUUAACCAACUAAAUGCUGCGGUUGAGUACUUGAAGACCGAGCUGAAUGAGCUCGCUUUCGAGAGAGAUCAGUUACAAGCCAAAGCUCUUGAUUUGAAGGAGAAGCUUCAAAAGACACAGACUGUGGCAGAAAAAUAUGAGGCAGUUGCCAUAGAAGCUCAAGAGAUGGCUGAAGCAAGGGAGAGCUAUGCUCAAGACAAGGAGGAGGAAGUUAAGCUGCUAGAAUUGUCUGUAAGAGAGCUGGGAUGCACAGUAGAUGCAUUGGAAAACAAGGUUGACAUUGUCAAAGGAGAAGCAGAACGACAACGUCUGUUGAGAGAAGAGCUAGAAUCGGAGCUCCAUUCUGUUAAAAAUCAGAUAGAAAAAUUUAAGAAUGCUGAUGCUGAUAUGAAAAUGCAUCUAGAUGAGAAAAAGGCUGACCUUGAGAAAGCCCUUAAGCAAAUACAGAUUCUGGAGCGGGAUAUAGCCAAAAAGGAGUUGGAGAUUUCCAACUGUAGAAGUCAUAUCUCUGAGCUAAAUUUGCAUGCGGAAGCACAGGCCAGCGAGUACAAGCAAAAGUUCAAGGCAUUGGAAGCCAUGGCAGAACAAGUAAGGGCUGAGGCUGCUUCCACCCAAGCCUCGAAUUCUAUCCCUCAGAAGUUGGAGAAAAAUUCCUCCAGACCUCGGGGUUCAGGUUCACCUUUUAAGUGCAUUGGACUGGGCUUGGCUCAGCAGAUCAAGUCUGAGAAGGACGAGGAUUUAAUUUCUGCAAGGCUACGGAUUGAUGAGCUCGAAUCUGCUGUUGCUAGUAAACAGAAAGAGAUAUUUACGCUGAACGCCAAACUGGCUGCUGCUGAGAGCAUGACUCAUGAUGUAAUUCGGGACUUACUCGGAGUCAAGUUGGAUGUGACCUCUUAUGUGUCUCUGUUGCAUACCCAGCAAGAGGAGAAAAUAUCGGGGAAGCCUGAGGGGAAAAUUUCAGAACCUCAGCAUGAGGUGAUUAGAUUGAAGGAGCAGCUUAAUGAAUUUAUCAUGGAAAGACAAGGAUGGCUGGAUGAGAUGGAUCGGAGGCAGGCCGAGCUGGUAGCAGCCCAGGUUGCCUUGGAAAGUCUUCGGCAGCGUGAUCAGUUGCUCAAGACUGAAAACGAUAUGCUCAAGGUGGAGAACUCGAAUUAUAAGAAAAUGGUUAUGGAGCUUGAAGAAGAAACAUCGAGGCUCUCUGGUCAGCAAAACCUCCAGCAACGCAUCCAUCAUCACGCUAAAAUCAAGGAGGAAAACAACAUGCUGAAAAUUCAGAAUGAAGAGCUGAGUAACAAACUGCGACGAGCUGAGUUUGUUCUAUCACGUGUCAAGGAAGAGCUUGCUCGGUAUCGUGCUUCUAUUGGGAAGAACCCAUAUGUAAACCUUGACGAGGAACAGCUUCUGAAUAACAAGCUUAAGGAAACCGAGGAGGAAAGGGUGCAAUUGGCACAGAAGUUAUUGGGCUUGUGCACUAGCGUGUUGAAGGUGGCUGGAUUCACAAGACCAGUCUCAAAAGUCAGCCCAUCUAUUGCUGAAGAGGCACUCGAACAGCUGAAGAAGAAGCUCGACUUGAUGGCAAGUGAGCUGCAUGACCUCAAGACUAAGAAUAAAAUGUACAGCGAGAUGAUUCGGUUGAGUGAGCUCAUGCCUCAGCAACCAUCACCAGUGGGGUUACGUGCAGAUGAGAACUGCAGGACUCCAAGAAGGACAUCCCACUCCUCAUAUCUAUCAUCUUUUGACCGGUAAAUAGGGCGAUAUGUCUCAGUAUUUUAUCCGAGGCUGUUUCUUUAUUCUGAAUCUGUUGUUGAGGCGUAUAGUAGGGAGAUUGUGUUAUACGUGCAUAUAAAUUUGUCUGUAAUUCCAUCACAUCACUUGUAUAUACGAGUUGGCAAUUCUCAUUACUUUUUGAAUAAUCUGUUGCUAAAUCAUUUUAUUAUUGAAUCAAUCGAAGAGUUUAUUCAUCCUUUACGGUCAA